AUGGCUCAGAGAGGAGUACAGGUAGACGUAGACUCUCUGUCCUGUUCCAUCUGUUUGGAUCUACUGACGGAUCCGGUGACGAUUCCCUGUGGACACAGUUACUGUAUGAACUGUAUUCAACACCACUGGGAUGAAGAUCAAAGGAGAAUCCACAGCUGCCCUCAGUGCAGAAAAGCCUUCAUACCGAGGCCUGGACUGGAGAAAAACUUCUUGUUAGCUUCUUUAGUCGAUGAUCUGAAGAAAACUGGACUCCAAGCUGCUCUACCAGAUCACCGCUAUAUUGGACCUGAAGAUGUGGCGUGUGAUGUCUGCACUGGGAGGAAGAUGAAAGCUGUCAAGUCGUGUCUAUCCUCUUCAGCUUCUUAUUGUGAGAAUCACCUCCAACCUCACUAUGAUACUCCACCAUUUCAAAAACACAAACUGGUGAAUCCCUCCAAGAACCUCCAGGAGAACAUCUGCUCUCGUCAUGAUGAGGCGAUGAAGAUCUUCUGUCGUACUGAUCAACAGUGUAUCUGUUAUCUCUGCACUAUGGGGGAACAUAAAGGCCAUGAAACAGUCCCAGCUGCAGCAGAAAGAGCUGAGAGGCAGAAGGAGCUCCAGAAGUGUCGACAACAAAUCCAGCAGAGAAUCCAGGACCAAGAGAAAGAUGUGAAGCUGCUUCAACAGGAGGUGAAGGCCAUCAAUGUCUCUGCUGAAAAAGCAGUGGAGGACAGUGAGAAGAUCUUCACUGAGCUGAUCCGUCUCCUCCAGAAAAGAAGCUCUGAUGUGAAGCAGCAGAUCAGAUCCCAGCAGGAAACUGAAGUGAGUCGAGUCAAAGGUCUCCAGGAGAAGCUGGAGCAGGAGAUCACUGAGCUGAAGAGGAAAGACGCUGAGCUGGAGCAGCUCUCAAUCACAGAGGAUCACACCCAGUUUCUCCUCGACUACCCCUCACUGCCAGCACUCGGUAGGUCUAAACACUCAUCCAGCAUCAACAUCCGUUCUCUGGGACACUUUGAGGACGUGACAGCAGCUGUGACAGAGCUCAGAGACAAACUACAGGACGUCCUGAGAGACACAUGGACAAAAAUCUCACUGAAGAUUAUUAAGGUGCAUGUUUUACUGACAGAACCAGAACCAAAGACCAGAGGUGAAUCCUUAAAAUAUUCACAGGAGAUUACCCUGGAUCCAAACACUGCAAACAUGAAUCUGCUGUUGUCAGAGGGGAACAGAAAAGUAACAUCAAUUGACCAACAACAGUCUUAUCCUGAUCAUCCAGACAGAUUCACUGUUUUUCUUCAGGUCCUCAGUAGAGAGAGUCUGACUGGACGUUGUUACUGGGAGGUGGAGUGGAGAAAUGGAGGAGUUUACGUUGCAGUUUCAUACAAGAACAUCAGCAGAUCGAAAUUGUCAGAUGAAUGUAGGUUUGGAUCCAAUGAAAAAUCUUGGUCUUUAGAAUGUCACUGUUCCAGAAAUAGUUACAUAUUUCAUCAUAACAACAUUAAAACUCCAGUACCAGGUCCAGUUUCCUCCAGACUAGGAGUGUACCUGGACCACACAGCAGGUAUUCUGUGUUUCUACAGCGUCUCUGAAACCAUGACUCUGAUCCACAGAGUCCAGACCAGAUUCACUCAGCCUCUGUAUGCUGGGAUUAGACUUUACUAUGGAUCUUCAGCUGAGUUUAUUAAGCUGAAAUAGUCUUCUGAGGAAGACGUCCAUACAUUUCUAGAGUUGGCUAAGUAGCAAAAUUUCUCCUGAUUAUGCAGAGAAAACCUGGUAAUGAAUUGAGUUAUUCAUUAAACUGCAUUGAUUAGAUUCAUUAAGAUGAUGCUUUGUGUUUUCUCCAAAUAAUACUUUAUUUCAACUGAUUGUCCUUUUGUUUUACUUUCAUGAUUAUAUCAAUUUGAUACUUUGUUGUUAAAUAUGUGCAUAAACUGA